UCCUUUGUUCAUUCCUAUCCUGAUUCUUCUGUGACACCACCGCAUUCUCUCUCUGCGUUGUUGGGACAUUCACGAAAUGGAGAACAACGCACUCAGAGAUCGAAUCUUUGCGGACAAUGAACACGAAGAAAUCCCUGAUUCAUUCGUAUGCUGCGUUUGUCUGGAUCUAUUAUACAAACCCAUUGUGCUAUCAUGUGGCCAUAUAUGCUGUUUCUGGUGUGUCUAUAAUUCCAUGAAUUGUCUGCGCGAGUCUCAAUGUCCAGUAUGUAGGCAUCAAUACUAUCACUUCCCAACAGUCUGCCAAAUGCUUCACUUUUUGCUCCUUAAGAUUUAUACUGUUCCUUACAAGAGAAGGGAAGAGCAAACGCUUGAGGAAGAAAAGAAAUCAGGAUUCUACUCUCCUCAAUUUGAUCCUGAGACAUGUGAAUCACAAGCUAAAUUUGGUCAUUCUGGUAUCCCUUCUUCCUCCUCUAUUAUGAAUUUGACAUCCAACUCAUGUAAUGUGGGAACUUCUGAAUGUAUGGAGCAAUCAGGGUCCACCACCCAUGAAAGAGACGAAGGAACAGUCUAUUCUAAUGGAGAGCCUGAUAUUGUUGGAACUCCUGCUAAAAGAAAAAAAUUGCCUCAGGAAGAUAUUUCUCUCGAACAGAAAUUAUCAGUUGCAGAUGUGACGUGUACAAUGUGCAAGCAACUGCUCUUUCGUCCUGUAGUUCUUAAUUGUGGCCAUGUAUACUGUCAAACUUGCGUUGUCAACACAGAUGAGGACAUGCUCAGAUGCCAAGUUUGUCAAAGUCCACAUCCCAAUAGGUCUCCAAAAGUAUGUUUGGAGUUAGAUCACUUUUUGGAGGAACAAUUUCCUGAAGAAUAUAGACAGCGGAGAGAUGCCAUUGAACUAAAGCAGAUCAAAGUCAAACUUGAGACUCCUUCUUGUUCAUUGGAUAAGGGUAACAAAGGAGAAAAUACAGAUUGGUGGUCAGAUCCUGACUCAAAAGUUCACAUUGGAGUUGGUUGUGAUUUUUGCGGGAUGUUUCCAAUAAUUGGAGAUAGAUAUAGAUGUGCUGAUUGUACGGAGAAGAUGGGUUUUGAUCUUUGUGGUGAUUGCUAUGCAUCUCGUUCCAAACUCCCCGGUCGAUUCAACCAACAACACACCUCAGAGCACAAGUUCAAGCUUGAACAAUCCAACAUUAUUCAUAACAUAAUGUUGAGGCUGGCCACAGCACAGUUAGGAGACACUUCUAUUGACCUGGAGUCUGUAGGAAACUUAGAGAUUGCCUCAGACAGCCCCACAAUGUUUGAUGAUGGAGAAGAUAACCACAGUGAUUCUGAAACCACCAAUUGAGAAACUGAACUUAGCAAAAAAAAAAAAAAAAGAACAUGGUCUUGUGUUGUGUUUGGUGGGGGUUUGAGAGGAGCAAAUAAUGCAAUGCUGAAGGAAGUUUGUUUGGGGAAAUUCUCAAUUUCACAUGGUUGGUGUAUUCAGUUUCCUAAUGCAUGGUAACUUGACUGUUUUUAUGUCUCAGUUCAGCUGAGUUUGUCUCCAGCUUGUGGCAAUCCGUGGCUGUUUUCUGUUGUUGCAUUUGGUGCAGGCAAUUGUGUUCCUGUAUCUGGCUAUAUGAACAUAUUAUUCGGCAAUGUACAUAUUCUUGGAGUUUGUCUCA